GCUUCGGCCGCAGGAUGGGCCGUCGAAGACGCUGCUGAGCUACAUCGAGGGAGCGAGGAGGGAGGGAAUAGACAUGGAGACAUGGAGGGGGUUCAGAUCACUGGACUCUAAGUGAUGAAACCUCUCGUAUCCCCACCUGCCCCCCCCCUCCCCUUCCCCGCCCGCCUCCUCCUCCUCUUCUGCUGCCUCCACUUAUUCCUUCAGCUUCUCCCCGUGUCUUUCAGCAUACAGCUCCAGGCAGGACAUGGGCGGCGACGGUCGCCAGGUCAUGAUCCUCGUCGGAGAAGACGGCUCGUCCUCGCACUCUCGGUGGCAGGCACUGAGGGACAUCUAGAACAAACUGAAGAUCUCCCUGCCAUGCAAGGUCAAGGAGGAAGGAGGAGCCAAGGAGGAAGCAGCGAGUCAUGAAGAGCAUGGAAGGAGCCCACAAGAACACAGCGGAGGAGCAGGGCUCACUUGCUCAUCGGUGCAUUGCUGCAUCUUGCUGGGCGAUUGUCCAGGGCAGUAGGAAGAGACGACGAACUUGAGAGGCUUGUGUGGGUCUGCCAUGUGCGAGAAAAGGAAGGAAGUCGCGCCUGGCGGAGGAGGAGGAGGAGGAGGAGGAGGAGGAGUGUGAGAGGAAGUUUUAGAAGUCAUGGUGACUCACCGUGCGUGUAUGUUGUAAUCUUGACAUGAUGGUAACGAAGGAAAUGUACCUUGAA